CUCCUCACUGCACCAUCUUUGCCGCCCCGGGAUAUCUGGAGAACGAGUCUUCAGCCGAAUAUCCGGCAAGCAAGUCAAGCACUGCAAGCAAGCAUCCGUCCUUUUGUCACUCACUCACGCACGCUACCUUACGCCACGCACGCCGCGGCUUGCCUCUGGUGUCUUUCCCAUCUUGCGUUACGUACCGUCAAUCGAGCCUGCGCCCGCGCCCACCACUGCAGCCGCUCUCGCCUUCCUGUCGUCGUCCUUUCUCAACUUCAUCUCACCUUUUCCAGUCGCGCGCACGUCGACUCUUUUGGAAUCCAAGUCUGGGACUCACAACUAUACAAAUACAGACUUCCCGCCUCACCACCGACUGCUUUCCUCCUUGUUUCUGAUGCGCUGCAUUUCUGGUGUUCAUUAGGUAGACACCUAGGUCGCACGCACUCUCUUUUUCUGAUAGCAUGGGCGGUGUCUUUACAAUGCUUCUUGUUCUUCAGCAUCAUUCUCCUACCCUCGAUCACCCUUCUCUGCUCUAGAAGAGAACCCGACCGACCCCCGUGAUUCGUCUUCUUUGUUGUCCACCAAUUCGCCGGUUAACCCCCGACAAGAAGCCGGGUCAUCUGGCCCCUCCAUUCGACCUCAUCAUUUAGUUUUCUCCUUGGAUGUGCUCGCGUCACCAGUCCACCAAAGGCUAUCCUUACCCUAUCUUCCAGUAUUUCAACAAUAAUUCGGGUUUCACCGCGCCACAUCAGCCCAACUGGAUCUCAGCCAAUCAUGGCGACUUCGUUCUUUGGCCGCAAUGAGCCUGAGGGCCGACGGCUCGGGUCUGAUUUUUCUCUGAUUGGCAAAUGGGGAGAAUCAUAUACUCAGCGUAUUUCUUCUCACGCAGUUCCCGUCGCUCGACUCUCGCUAGCCGAUCAAGAAACCUUGUUCUCCAAGACCAAGUGCGAGUUCCGCAUCUGCGAGCAGCCCGACAUGACUGCCAAACUCGAGGCUAUUCCCUACUCGACGGUUUUGGAGCCUACCAACUGGGACGAUUUCCAGAAGACGGCCGAUCCUGAAGUAGUGGCCAUGAUGUCCCACCCCAACUACGCCAAGCUCGUACGCAUGCAGAAGGAAAUGAACAAGCUUGUGGAUGACUCUGAACCCGAAGCCGCCCGCAGAUAUUGGGCUGUCCGUAACAAGGCUUCAAGUGCCGGUUGCGACGUCAAGAUUGCGGACGCAUACGCCCAGCAAGCCGCUGACGAUUACAUUGAGAGAGUCGGCCAUGAUCUCAAACGGAAGUGGAGGGAACGAAAACGGGCCGAUCAGCGUGGGAGCGCUCCAUCUCCCAGGGCCACCAAGCAGUCUGAGAAAACUGCGAGAUGCCCGAUGAGUGCCGAUGAGAUUGAGGCUGCCAUGAUUCAGGCGAUCAAGGAAUCCAACCACGCUUCUGCGAGCACGAAUUCGCGCAAGAAGGAUCUCAAGAUCGAUCCACGAGCGACAGCAACUGUCAAAGACCAAGGAUUUCCCACUCCUACGACGAGCCCUACACAUGGCAGUGACACUUCCGCCCGCUCCGCCCGCUCUUUUCUAUCAGGGAGCCCGCGAUCCUCCCACUCGACCCCUUCACCCACGCUUCUUCCGAAACCCGCAAUAACCAUCUUGAAGAGACCGCAGCCGAGAUCUGAAACCAAAGCUAUGGAUAUCGGCGGGAACACUGCAUCACCCAUCCCGCUGGCUGCGGUCAACACACCCAAGUCUGCACCUCUACCAGGCAUGGGAAACACGGCUGGACUUACUUACGUAAAUUUCAACGGGCCCUUCAGCGGAACGCAGCCCUUGUUUGGUCCUGGUAGCCUGGCACCUCCUGCCAACUCUUAUUCAAUCAUCUACGCGAACAACGUCUAUUAUGGGCCUGUAGGUAAUGGCCACGUGACGGCCAACUACACCUUUCCAUGGGCGUCGCCUUCCACUCCCAUCGUUGCCAAGCUCGAAGAUAACCGCACUGAUAGUCCGAGCACCGCAAUCAGACAAUCCAAGGGGUCAGCUGAGGCAGCUGUUGAUACCAUAGCUCAACGCCCACAGAAUCAGUGCCAGGUGGCCAAGUCUCAGCCGUACAGUGGCAUCACUUGUUACGAGGUGAAACAUCCUCUCCUCGGCACUGUCGACAUUCAUCCGGCUUACUGGACAACCAAGGAAGACAAGGCUCGUCUUUUGUUCGACAAGCUCUUGGGUCUGAGAGCCAAAGAUAAGGAGGUCCAAAAGGAACAUGCGUCUGGAACAAACGCAGUCCGAUCCAAGACCGUCCAUAUCUUUGUCGAUCUGUCCAACAUCGUCAUUGGCUUCUACGAUACCAUGAAGAAGAGCCGUGGCUUUUCGCCACAGAAGCGGCUUAAGGUGCCAUUCUCGUUCAAGAACUUUGAUACCAUCCUCACUCGUGGCCGAAAGGUUGAGAAGAGGGUCGUUGCAGGUUCUGUGAGUAAUCACAGCUACAGGCGUCCAGACUACAUGACGGAAGCCGCGGAGCUCAACUACGAGAUGUGCAUUCUCUCACGUGUUACGAAGCCGUCUUCUCUAGAUCUGAAGAAAUCUAAGAAAUAUGGUCGCCGCUCUGAAGGUUCGGGAGAGGGCCCUGAAACGCGCAGUGAACAGUGCGUUGAUGAACUACUCCACCUGAAGAUUCUACAGAGCGCUCUGGACGUUCCGAACCCCGGUACCAUGGUUCUCGCUACAGGUGAUGCUGCAUGCGCCGAGUAUUCGGACGGUUUCAAGAAGAACACCGAGCGGGCACUAGCUCGUGGCUGGAAGAUCGAGCUUUACGGCUGGAAAAACAACAUUGCGAAAGAUUGGCGGGACCCGGAGUUCACCUCCAGAUGGGGUUCUCGAUUUAGGAUCAUCGAGCUUGACGACUUCUGUGAAGAGCUUUUGGACCUCACCGUUGAGUCGUUGUGGGCAAAGUCGCAGUAAAGGAGUCCAUGGAGAUUUGACUGGGCUUUUGGGAAUUCUUGUCAACAAUGACAAGCAAGCGUUGAACGCUUGUCGCUACCGGUUUUUCGACACCGGAUCUGCAUACUUGCAUUUCACUUGUAAUUGCAUCUGCUACAAGAUCUCGUUACCCUCGAGUUGUUGAGCUAUCAUACUCACUUCUCAUCUUCCUCUUCAUCCUUCGUUUUCUAUUAUCGCGGCAUCGUCUCCGGUUCCCAUUCGGCGCAUAUACAAGCGGUCUCUGAGACACUACUUUCUCGGCUUCUUUUUUUCCCAUACAGCUAGCUGCAUUUUGUUCACUCAUUCACCAUGUUGUUUACCAUGUAAAUGGUAUACUGGCGGAUGGUGUGACCUCAGCAUUGUUUCUUCUCAUACUCUUUCUUUUGAUACCGUUCGAACAACUCACAUCAACAAACACCAGACACAACAGGAAGCGAUUUCGCAGAUCGCAUUCUACAUCAAUGCUGUCUUUGAGCAGCUGCAUCGCAAUCGAAAGCCUCUCUGGAACGAGAAGCGCAAAGAGUCAUAUUUGACUUGACUGGGCCAACACACCGGCAUGGGUAUGGACGACAUCCUCUUUGAUCCACAUUACACUCCUUCUGAAAAGACAGGCUCGUUUUAUGUGCUGCUUAGACAGCGAGUUGCGAGACAUGCUCUUCAUUUCCCCAGGCGGCAAAUUUCACAUUCAUUGCCGACAACAACCGAACCCAUAUUUUUUUCAUCAUCCACGGGCAUUCACUCUUCCACCAGGCUCUUCUCUCCCCAUCUACUCCGGUUUUCUUCUGACCAUAUAUUGUCUGCUUCGCAAAUGAAACUUGCGUGCAUGUGGUAAAUGGUAUCAGUCAACCCUGGUUGCUCAGGCUGCAGCGCUAGCUCUGGACAUCCCUUUCUCUUUAUUUUUCAAAACAGCAGCGACGAUAAUGAUUCCUACAAUCAUGACAUAAACUUACGAAUGGCGCGGGCUGUCUAUUCUUGGGAUGGUUUGAGCCAUCUGAUGGGCUGAAUCUGGUAAGAGGGUUUUCAUGAACAAGGGGCGAGGCGUGGAAUUUGAACCUACAUAUACAGCACAGCUACCACACGGCGUGCUAUGCUGGGACUUGUGGUGUGUGGGAUCUGUCCUUUAAUCUCGUCACGAUUUUCCCUUUUUUUUCCCCCGAUUCCGGGUUACACAUCACAUCACAUCAUGGAUACAAAGGAGUUGGGAAGCAAGCUUUGGCAUUGGUUGGGUGGGGCGUUCUCUCUGGAUGGGGGGGAGGGGGACAAAGUGGGCGUUUUCUCUAUCCUACUGCAGCUGCAUAUUUGGUAACUCGUUGCAUACCCAUUAUUAUUCACACAUACAUCAUGACACGCUGUGUCCAUCGGUCUUGUCCUUUUUUCUUUCUUUUUCCAUUACGGACCGUAGCGCGGUCACAACUCUGUCCAAGUACACAUGGACCAUUUAUUUGGCUGGAGAUCUCUCUAUCAUCACUAUCGACUUUCUUCUAUGUGGGACGGGUGGACAUGCGAGAUAGAUAGAUAGGUACACAGAUAGAUGGAGUUUCACCGGCUAUGGUGGUGGUGAUGGUGUUUGUUGGUGUUGGCAGAUAUGGUUUGGCAUUGUUAUCUCUUUUUCUUCCCCCUUCAAACAAGGGAAUUAGUUGGGGAGUUAGGGAAAGGAAUAUUGAGCGCAAAGUGCAAGAAGCGGAAAAGAGAAAUGGAAAACUGCUGGAUGGAUGGAUGGAUGGAUGGAUGGAUAAAUGGAUAAUACCCCGCUCAAUCAUUUCGAAAUGCAACAUGCAACAAAUUAUAAUUAUGCAGGUUAACAAACACUAUUAGUAGUAGUUAGUUAGUUGCCUAUAACAAUGGGAAAGAGCGUCGUUUCGCC